AUGGCCGGAGGUGAUUCGGUUCUCAUGUCUGAUGGAGGUGAAGACAAAAUACUGAACAUUUUUUUCGACGAAUCCUUUGUCCCACAAGCAUUUGUCGAUAUUUUACUCUUUAACGCGGCACGCCAGGAUAUAAAUCAAGUACAAUCUGUCACAUCAUCUAUGCUCGGCAGGUUAGAUUACUAUACCAAGCAUCUUACCAAGGAAUUGGAAUCGACAAUAAGAAAAUUAGAAAGUCUAUCAGAAACACUUCCUGGUACGUGGGACGAAAGUGCACAAGAGGGCUCUAGUAAUGAAGAAUACAAUUCCAGCUCUUUAAAAGUGAUUGGUGGGUCUUCUAAACUUGAGUAUUAUCUUGACACAUUAGGCAGUGCAGUCAGAGGAAUGGAAUCUGAUAUAACGAAGAUUGACGGUAAGCUCGAUCGAAUCAAUCAGGAAGGUGACGACAGCCAAAAUCCAAUAUACAAUCUAGAAAAUUUAAGAAAGAUUAAGGAGAGACUGCUGAUAGUUCAUCAAAACUUUAGUACCUUGAAAGUUAUACUAGAUAUAUCAUCAGGGAGUCAGGAUGCUCGCGAAGCUGCAAGUAAACAACUGCAUUUAUCUUUAUCUGAUUUUAAACUUUCAUUGAAAACAUUGGAAGAAACCAUUGCUCUGUCGUUAAACAAACCUUAUGAUGAGGAUGGAAGUUUUUCAGAAAAGAAUCAGGAUUUACUAAGAAAAAUUGAACUUUUUAAAGAAUUGAAACCCUUAUUUAGGGGUUUGGAUAAGUUCUAUCCAGUAUAUUCAGAUUUUUCGGAUAAUAUAGAGAGGUCUUCACAAGCCUAUUUGAGCUCAAAGAGUGUGGAGGAUGAACUCAACAACUAA